GAGGACAGUUUGGGUCACAUGUGGCGAUGGUGUUCCGUCGGCUACUGCGCAUGUGCGCGCACUAUGGAGCAGACCCACAGUGGAUUAUGUGCACCGCAACGAUAGCCAACCCGCGCGAACACUCCCUACGGUUGAUACCACUUGAUGUACCUGACGAACCUGAGCAUAAGCAAGCUGAUACUGAUACGCACCCAGAAAGUACGCUGAGAGCAGAAGAUAGUGCUGAAAUGGGCGUAGACCAACCGGAAACAGUACAAAGGGGGACAGAUAUGGAUUGCACGGAACUCUCAGAGGAUGGAACAAGUAUACAGCCGCCAGACAACCCGCGGCAGACAUCAAGCACACCACAGACACGCCCAACCACAAGCACAGACAGAUACAUAGAUACACCACACGUGACGCACACCGACACGGACGGACAAAUAUCGGUCGAUACGCAAGUGCAGGCACCGGAAAGAAAUGAACGAAUAUCAACAAACACACAAACCCAAGCACCAGAGACUCUCAAACAAGUGCCAACAAGUACACACACACAAGCACCGGAUAGGCCAUCUGUGGAUAUGAGGAGGCGGUUGGUUGUGGUGGGCGAAGACGGGUCGCCCAACGGGCGCAAAGACUAUGUGCUGUGGAAUCCAGCCGCAUUUUCAAGCGUCUACACCGAAGCCGGUGUGCUGCUGUGUGAGAUGGCCAAGACUGGCCUCAGGACGAUUGGAUUCUGCAAGGUUCGAUCAGUCUGUGAGUUGGUGUGCAAGGUCACUCAGAGCAUGAUGAGAGAGGGGACGAGUGUUACUACGUUGGGGGGAAAUCGGCACAAAACCAAAGGCAGCGAUUGCUCGGGCCUACCUGCGCCGCGCCCGGAUUUGGUGCCAUAUAUCACCACGUAUAGGGGCGGAUACACCGCCAUGGAUCGGCGCAAGAUCGAACGCGACUUAUUUGGCGGUCGAUUGUUGUCAGUCAUCGCCACCAAUGCACUUGAGCUGGGAAUCGAUGUAGGGAGUUUAGAUAGCGUGCUACAGCUGGGCUAUCCCGGUAGCAUAGCAUCGCUUUGGCAGCAGGCGGGGCGUGCAGGACGAUCAGGCAAACAGUCCAUCGCCGUUCUCAUUGGCUAUAAUUCUCCAUUGGACCAGCACUUUAUGAAAAACCCCAAGGCAUUGUUCUCGAAGGCGUCAGAGGCUGUGGUGUUUGAUCCCUUUAACAACCGUGUGCUGUGGUGGCACCUGCUGUGUGCUGCCACGGAGCUACCACUCUGCGCCGGCACGAAGAAUUACGACGCGAGGCUGUUUGGGGACAAAUACGGCACAUUAAUCCAAGACAUGGUGCGUGGAAUGGCCGUGGAUGGGUCCUACAACGCGGCACAUGGGGCUGUAAUCAGAGCCGCGAACAAUAACUACCACACUACCUCCCACGCUAUUGACUUUCCGCACGGAAAGACGAGUCUACGGAAUAUCUACACCGAGAGUAUGCGCGAGAGCGCGAUUAGUUCUGGAUACUUGAGUGUGCGUGUUGUGCGUGCGGUGUAG